AAUAUUUCCUGCGAAGCAUAAGAUUCUCUGAUUGUGAACGUGCCCCACACGCACCGUUGACUAUAAAGUGAAGAAAAGUAUGAGAGAGCCAUCUGGUUAAGUCUCCACUUUGAAGACCACCACAUCCCCAGAAGACCCAGGAUGGAUCUGCACCAAAGCACUGCCAUCACUUUCCUUGAGAAAUGGUGUUUGGAUAAGUCGCUGUCUGGCUACAGGAGACAUUAUAGUGUCAGGAAAAAACUGAAGUUGAUUCGAAUCGUAGGCCUUUUCCUGGGCCUAGUAGCCAUUAGCACUGUCUCGUUUUCAAUCAGUGCCUUUUCUGAGACAGAGACCAAGAAUACGGAAGAGGCCGUUGGCGCAAGUGGCCCUAAGGUAGCACACGGUUACCGUCAAAGAACUCUCUUAGAUUUGAAUGACAAGAUUCUGGAUUAUACUCCACAGCCACCUCUUUCUCAGGAAGGCAAAUCCGAGAAUACAACAGAUCAUGCCCAAGGAGACUACCCAAGAGACAUCUUUUCCCUGGAGGAGCGAAGGAAAGGCGCCAUCGUUCUUCAUGUCAUUGGAAUGAUCUACAUGUUCAUAGCUUUAGCCAUCGUCUGUGAUGAGUUCUUUGUUCCUUCUUUAACUGUCAUCACUGAGAAAUUGGGCAUCUCUGAUGAUGUGGCUGGAGCCACCUUUAUGGCUGCUGGGGGCUCGGCCCCAGAACUUUUUACAUCUCUCAUAGGGGUAUUUAUUGCUCACAGCAAUGUUGGCAUAGGCACAAUCGUGGGCUCAGCAGUGUUCAAUAUCCUUUUUGUUAUUGGCAUGUGUGCUCUGUUUUCUAGAGAAAUCUUAAACCUGACAUGGUGGCCGCUGUUUCGGGAUGUGUCCUUCUACAUCGUUGACUUGAUCAUGCUGAUCAUAUUUUUCCUGGAUAAUGUGAUCAUGUGGUGGGAAAGCUUGCUUCUCUUAACAGCUUAUUUUGGCUAUGUGGUUUUCAUGAAAUUCAACGUCCAAGUAGAAAGAUGGGUGAAGCAAAUGAUAAAUCGCAAUAAAGUCGUCAAAGUGACAGCACCAGAGGCCCAAGCAAAGUCGUCCACAGCCAGGGACAAGGAUGAGCCGGCUCUACCGGCUAAGCCACGUCUCCAGCGAGGCGGAAGUUCUGCCUCCCUCCAUAACAGCCUCAUGAGGAACAGCAUCUUCCAGCUCAUGAUUCACACCCUUGACCCACUCGCUGAAGGGAGGUUCAGAGAAAAGGCUUCUAUUCUCCACAAGAUCGCCAAGAAGAAAUGCCAGGUGGAUGAGAACGAGAGGCAGAACGGGGCUGCCAAUCACGUGGAAAAAAUCGAGCUCCCAAACAGCACCAGCACAGAGGUUGAAAUGACACCAACCAGUGAUGCUUCAGAACCUGUGCAAAAUGGAAAUCUCUCCCACACCAUGGAAGCCACAGAAGCCCAGACCACAGAGACGGGUGAAGAGGAGGACCAGCCUCUCAGCCUGGCCUGGCCUACCAACCCCCGCAAGCAAGUCACAUUCCUAAUUGUUUUACCCAUAGUGUUUCCUCUCUGGAUCACCUUGCCUGACGUCCGCAAACCUUCAUCAAGGAAGUUCUUUCCCAUCACGUUCUUCGGCUCCAUCACCUGGAUUGCUGUAUUCUCUUACUUGAUGGUGUGGUGGGCACACCAGGUUGGAGAGACAAUUGGCAUUAGUGAAGAGAUUAUGGGCCUGACCAUCUUGGCUGCUGGAACCUCCAUCCCUGAUCUUAUCACCAGUGUCAUAGUGGCCCGGAAGGGGCUUGGGGACAUGGCUGUGUCCAGCUCUGUUGGAAGCAACAUUUUUGACAUCACUGUAGGGCUUCCACUGCCCUGGCUCCUGUAUACCAUCAUUCACAGGUUCCAACCAGUGGCUGUCAGCAGCAAUGGCCUCUUCUGUGCCAUCGUCCUCCUCUUCAUCAUGCUGCUCUUCGUCAUCCUCUCCAUUGCCCUCUGCAAAUGGCGGAUGAACAAAGUGCUGGGCUUCAUCAUGUUCGGCCUCUACUUUGUGUUCCUGGUGGUCAGCGUCCUCCUAGAAGACAGAAUUCUUGUGUGCCCUGUCUCCAUCUAGUAGGAAAAGCCAUAUCCUGAACCAACAGCGUGGAUGGCCCCUCCCUGCCCUGGGUUCUAGGCUCCUUGACCUCUCCAGAAGAGGCAGCUGGCACACAGCCGUGGGCCUUUCAGAGCGUCCCUCCCUAGUGGAUUUGGGGAUGGAUGGAUUUACGCUGGGCCCACUCAUUUCACGAGCUGCUGCCAACCUUGCCUACUGAAACAGCUCCACGCAAGAACCGUCCAUUUUGGGGCUUCUCUCCGAUUCACCACUGACAGGUACUCCUCGCUGGUCGGAGGUACAUUCAUUGUAAUGAUGCAAACAAUGACAGAGGCUCUCUCUAUAUACACAUACAAAAUAUACAAAUUAUAAAUAGAUGCACAUGAACAUACCCCCGCCUGCUCCUGUAUUAUACCUCUCCUUUCAUACCUAUAGAGUCAUACAUACCUGUA